GGGAUCGUCUGUGUGUCAGUGAAUAAUUUUGUGAUACAACUAUGAGAAAUCCAAAGAAUCCUCGCUUAUUGUUAAACCUGUCAUUUUCUUGAUGAAGCUUUAAAAAGUACAAGGAACGGCCUUUACGUCUGUUAUCAUCAUUUAUAGCUUGGGCCCCAGAAAUGGAGCUCAGAGUGGGGAAUAAAUACAGACUAGGCCGGAAAAUAGGCAGUGGGUCAUUUGGCGACAUAUACCUAGGAACAAAUAUAUCUACCGGCGAGGAGGUGGCCAUCAAGUUAGAAUGUAUCAAAACACGGCAUCCACAGCUUCAUAUCGAGUCGAAGUUCUACAAAAUGAUGCAGGGUGGUGUUGGUAUACCAACAAUCAAGUGGUGUGGUUCCGAAGGUGACUAUAAUGUGAUGGUGAUGGAACUGUUGGGGCCAUCACUGGAAGAUCUCUUCAACUUUUGCUCACGUCGCUUUUCCCUCAAGACUGUGCUGCUUUUGGCCGACCAACUCAUUUCUCGGAUAGACUAUAUCCAUAGUCGAAACUUCAUCCACCGAGAUAUCAAACCAGAUAACUUUCUUAUGGGCCUUGGUAAGAAGGGUAAUCUGGUGUACAUAAUUGACUUCGGUUUAGCAAAGAAAUACCGUGAUGGUCGUUCACAUCAGCAUAUACCAUACCGGGAAAACAAGAAUUUGACUGGCACCGCGCGAUAUGCCAGCAUCAACACUCAUCUGGGCAUAGAACAAAGCCGUAGGGAUGACUUGGAGUCUCUGGGGUAUGUACUGAUGUAUUUCAACAGGGGUUCCUUACCUUGGCAAGGAUUGAAGGCAGCAACAAAGAGACAGAAAUAUGAACGAAUCAGCGAAAAGAAAAUGUCAACGGCUAUUGAAGAACUAUGCAAAGGUUACCCAGCGGAGUUCACUACCUACCUAAAAUAUUGUCGCUCACUGCGGUUUGAGGAGCGGCCAGAUUACUCCUACCUACGCCAGCUGUUCCGCACGCUCUUCCACCGUCAGGGCUUCACCUAUGACUACGUCUUUGACUGGAACAUGCUCAAAUUUGGUGGAUCAAGGCAUGGGGGACCAGAGGAACAGCGGGAGCGUCGAUAUACAUCGCGCACAGCUCAGGGAACUGCAGGUGGUACAGCAGGUGCAGGCGCAACCAGCAGACGCACACAGACAGCAUUUGACAUGGUGAACACACCACCAGGAACAACUCCGCCAGUCACAACAGCCAGCCCUACCACUGCGUCUCCAAGAGGACGAGGGGGUGAGACUCAGGAGAGGAGGGUGAGCAUGCGACUGCACCGGAGUACGACAGGGGGCGGUGGAACGGGGCCCAACAUCUCAACACCAGACCUGACCAACGCCAGGCAAGCUUCCGACACCGCUGUGGGGAAGCAGAACAAGAAGCGCCACCGUGGGUCAGAUGGCUCCACCAGUCUCGGCGGCGGGGCUGAGCCCCCCCGGAGCGGUUAUGGGCCCCCCUCAGGGGGUCGCUGCAGGGGGGGGAGGCUCCGCCCGUAGGGGAAGUUUAACCAAGGAGAGCAUCGCAAGACAUAACAAGAAGUGAUCGUGAUUGUUGUGAGGAAAACUGUAUUGAGACGAAAGGACAAAUCCCUGUUCUUGAAGAUAGUUGGACAUGAAGUUGGAUGUGUUUUGCUUUUUAACAAACUCUGGUUGUGGAAUGCCAGCAUUACUGGCAAGAGCAGACGAUAGAAGUCCUGCCUACGCUUAGAUUCAACUGAUGCAAAUCUGUGUUCGAUUGAAUGUGAGAAAUGAAGGUACAUCAUAAUGUUGGUAGUCCUGUUGCUUCCACUGAGCACUAAGCAGAUGGUAAUCAAGACUUCUGUAAGUAUUAACAGUGAUUUCAGUCAAUGAUAGCAGUUCUCCCUGGUUGGUGGGUUAUGUAGGAUUGUGAUGGUACCAGCUCACGACUUGUUAACGGCUUUUAUUUGGACUAAUGAUGUCAUAACGGAUACUGAAGAAUCAUGUUCACCCACCUUGCGUUCUUUUAUAUAUAUAUUAUAUAUAUGUAAACAAAGCAUUUGUAAUUUAAAAGGAGGAGAGAAAACAGCUGGUGGUUUUGUUCUGUGUAUGUGUUGUAUAUAUUAAUAUUUCAACAGAACCUGUUGCUGCUACUGCAUACAGUGCUACACUCUGUGGUGUUCCAUUUGUUGCCUCAACCUGUUAUUGAUUGUCAUACCGCCACCACAAUAUGUUAAUAUUAUAACGGAACCAUAUUUAAGAAUACUAGCAAAAAUACUGAGUGAUAUGAGAGCGAAGAAAAAGCGAACAAGAAUUGUGUGUAACUUUCUGUUCAAUGUUGCCCGUUUGUCUCUGAGAAUGAUCUUUCAUAUUUUCACCUCUUAUGUAAUAACAAGUUAAUUUUGUCACCGUCUUAUUUCAGUGUUGGCCCUGUCUUUUAGUUAUCUUUUUUUAUUGUUAAGAGAAGAAUUUGUGCGGUUGGAAAAAGAGUGAUUGACCACUUAGCUAGCUGUACACCUGAGUAUAUUAUUCAAAAUAUUUAAGUCAUGUGAUCAGAAUGUUUAAGAAGUUCUGCCAACUUUCCUGUUGCAUAGAUUUCUAGCCCUACAGAUCUGUUGGCGUUAUCAUUAUUAUUUUAUUUUUGUGAACUUAAUUACUUUGGUGUACAUUCUUUAUACAUUAAAUUUGUCAGAUGUGAUAUCAGAGUUUUGCAUUGUCAUCAUGUCUGUACUUGUUGAGUUAAAGAUAAUAUUUCACACAUAAUAUGUAAGUAUAUUAUUUAUCUCCAUAUCAGAUGUUAUGCACUUGGCCUCAUUGGUUCAUUAGUUAUGCCAUCAAGCCAAAAGCUAAAGAAAGUUUGUGCAGGCACCAUGUAAUUAUGUUGUUUUGUACGUGGAAAUUGCCAUAACAAAAUUUGCACAUUUUUCCAAGUCAGAAAGAUAAAUGUCCAGAGGAUUUAUUGCCUCCGUCAAGUGUCAGUGUAAUGGAAAUUUAACAGAGAUAAGAAUGUAGGAACAGAAAUCAAACAGGCAUGAAUUAUAAUUGCUUGGCUUUUGCUCCUGUAUAAACCAUUACUUGAAGGAGGAGGUAGUAGAUCCCUGGAUAGAGUGGGGUUUGUAGGGGGGGGGGCACUGUGCAACAUGUGACUUCUAAUUUGAGACAGUUUCUCUCAUGUCACAGUUCUUUGACUCGUACAUUGUGGAUACUGAUAUGGUGUGGAAGUUAGAUGUAUCUGCUUUGUAGAGAAUAAUGACAUGUCAGUUGUAGCGCACUGUUCACUCAGCUCAUUGGCUUUAUCCUGAUGUAUGUCAGUUUUGUAAGGGUUGAGAAUAUAUUCACAAUAUUUGAACAAACUUUAGACUAAAUGUUGAAGUUGUCUUGCAUUCCAAAUCAUGUUUAGAAUGUGUUUUAGUACUCAUUGAUGGUGAAUUCUGAAAUUCAACAGAAUUCUUGGUAUCUGAAAUUCAGGUGUUUCACCUCAGUUGAAAUGUAUGCAAUUUUUGUAUAUGAAGGUAGCUUCAUGGUAAAUUACUUUUUUCACUGAAAUGCUGUAGCAGCCUAGAAAUGUUUACGUUGCUUUUGUGAUCACUGAAAAAUCUGUUUGAAACUAAGGACAGGUAUUGACUGAUCACUUACAAGCAGAAGUACCAUAUGAAUUACAGCAUUUUAUGGAACCUGAAGGUUCAUUACCGCAUUCACAAGAUCCAUCCACUGGUCCCUAUCCCAAGCCAGA